AAUCUGUAAGCAUAUGUUACGCAAUCCUCAUUCAUUUUAAGUAUUCAUUUGCUACAAGAAGGUUUUGGUCGUCAUCUAUUUGUUUCCAUUGCAACCACGCACCAUGGCCGAGAAGAAAGUUAUUGCUAUGUUUGACGUUGAUGGCACGCUGACUGCGCCGCGGAAGACGGCAACGAAAGAGAUGCUGGAGUUUAUGCAGGAGCUUCGCAAGAGGGUCAAGGUCGGCAUCGUCGGGGGUUCUGAUCUGCACAAGAUUGCGGAGCAGCUUGGCGAUGGAUUAUUGACUUCGUAUGAUUACGUCUUCGCCGAGAACGGCCUCGUCGCUUACAAGGAUGGCCAGCAGGUAGCUGUGCAGAGCCUGAAGACCUUCUUGGGCGAGGAUAAGCUAAAGGAGCUAAUUAACUUCUGCCUUCACUACAUCGCCGAUCUGGAUAUUCCCAUCAAGCGUGGAACGUUCAUCGAGUUCCGUAAUGGUAUGCUGAACGUGUCACCCAUUGGCCGCAACUGCAGCCAGCAGGAGCGCGACGAGUUCGAGAAGUUUGAUGAGACGGCAGGUGUCAGGAAGGCCUUCGUGGCGACGCUCAGGGAGAAGUUCGCACACUUGAACUUAACAUACAGCGUUGGCGGCCAGAUUAGCUUCGACGUGUUUCCCCAGGGCUGGGACAAGACCUACUGCCUGCAAUUUCUCCAAGACUUUGAUGAGAUUCACUUCUUUGGUGACAAGACAUAUCCGGGCGGCAAUGAUUUCGAGAUCUUCACCAGCGACCGCACAGUUGGGCACACCGUCACCAGCCCUGAUGACACGCGCAAGCAGCGACAACAGCACGGUUUGUUUUUUUGUUGAUCUUCGAACUUCUCGGUUAUGUAUUUUAGCACUGAGACCUGCCGGGGGCUGCGUAAAGCCAGCGAACUGCUGACGCCAUCAUAGGAUGUAUGAGGGCAUGGUGGACGAAUUGGGCGUUCAUUGCGUUCCGCUGCGUCCGGAUAACAACACGGAUACCGUGUGCUGUCAUGUCCGUGUGUUGGCCUACAAUGAACAAGCAGCGUAAUAAGAGGUUAUUUAUCUAGGACCCCUCACACAGCCUCUGCGUGACUUCAACCGCCGGUGGUUAUUAUUGACCUGACAGUUUGGAGCGGAGGCCGCAAUAGCAGGGGGUCCCAGCACUACCCAGGCGCUGAGCAAGCUCGACACCUCCUGUAUGCUGACCUCAAUAUAUGGGCAUGCAGGGGUAACUGCUUUGACAUGGCAGGCGAUAAUGGCAUAUGUGCUUGUUCCGUAUUGGAGACAUUGGAGUGUUUCGGUUUUGAAAACAGUCGAAAGAUGUACUGCUGGUGCUUGACGUUUUUUAGUGGGACUAGUUUCCUUACGGCCUUUGACUGUGCGGUAUUGGCCGAGGGACGCUUUUUCAUUGAGUUUUCCUCGCCUGGAGGUUGAGAUCGGUUUCGACGUAUCUAGGUCGGCCGGUCGGCUACCUGUAAGUAGAUAAGAU